ACCACGACACCAGAAUCGCCAUGGUCCACGAUCAGCGCGCCAUCAUCAAAAACAACCCCCUCAGAGACAGCCUUACCGAUUUCAGCGCGUCAUUACGGUCUGCAUGUGUCAAGUAUCAACUGGCCGCCCCUCCAGCGCUGGAUGCACUCCCUCCUAAUGGUAGGCUUGCUUGCCUGCUGCUUUUCCCCCACGAAGCUGACAAGUGCGCAGAACGACGGAACCUCACAGCAGUCCUUCUUUCAUCAUUGAGCAGAAGCACUGCGUCCAAGCUCCUUCCAACCAGCUCCGGAUCACGCACGAUUGACUACGAACUCAAAAGCCUCCUCGAAAAUACCCACCCUAACAACUUUGAGCUCAGCCGUACGGAUCCCAUCUUGGCCAUUGCCCUCGUCGAGCCUAUCGACGAGUCACAACUAUGGGACCUCGUUUAUAAACUCAUUCCAGAAGCGACACCGCCGCCUCGAUCAACCGCCCCAUCCCAUCAACAGACGCCGUGGGUGUACAGCACCAGUAGCUUGGUGAACUCCUCCGAACUUCGUCGGGACGUGGACGACGUUCUCAAGUCCGAACUCGGCCCUCUCUAUGUCGACAUUCCUCAAUUCUUCGAGACGUUUUUCGAAAGCAUACCGGGGCUUGCGGCCGCGUCCAAGGCCGUCUUCGAGAAAUGCAAGGACGAAACAGAGGGACUCUUCAGCACGGACUGGACGGGGUGGCCCGAGGCUGCUGAUCAGGACGGGGUUCUGUCCUGGUUCGUUAACGUCACCAAGAAACUCGCGAGCUUCUCGCCGGCCGCCCUUCUGCCGUCCAGGAAAUUACUGGCUUCGCCGAACACAGCCAUCCAAGGCUCUACCGGAGAGCGCAAGCUGGACCUCGGCUUUGUAGACUCGGUCAGUGAGGAUGCGCGUCAUUCCUGGAUCCAUAUCAUGAUCCCGGGCGAGCUGAAGAGCAACCCGAAGGCAGAUGCCUCGUCGAAGACAUGGCACGAUCUAGCUCGUUAUGUACGAGAAGUCCUCUCGGCUCAGUAUACUCGGCGCUUUGUCUUAGGGUUCACCAUGUGCGGAUCUCUCAUGCGUGUGUGGCAUUUCGACCGACUGGGUGGGAUCGCGUCGGAGUCAUUCGAUAUCCACGAGGAUGGAGAACGAUUUGUGCUCAUAGUCCUUGGCUUCCUCUGUAUGAACGAGGAGCAAAUCGGACUUGACCCAACAUUCACCACAGUAGACGGCCAGCAGGUUCUCGAAAUCCAUCGGAAUGGCGCACUCGAGCGCUUCAUCAUCGACGAGCCGAUAGUCCGCGCGCGGUGUAUUGUUGGCCGAGCUACAACAUGCUGGAGAGCUCAUAAAGAGGGCGAGGAGGAUCGCUCAUACGUGAUCAAAGAUUCGUGGCAACCCAGCAAGCGUUCUGAAGAAGGCGAGCUGCUCCGCCACGCCACCGAGAGCGGUGUGAUCAAUGUGCCUUGCUACUAUCACCAUUAUACUGUUCAAGUCGGUCAUGAGGCUGAUGAUGUUCUCAACAACGUGCGCCGAGGGCUGGACAUCACAAGAGCUAAGAUCUGUCCGCCAGCACGGGCAGGAGGAGCCAGCAUGUCAGGAUCGGCGCGCACCGGUCGUCGCAGCGGGGCGUCCGGUUCGAAGAGGACGUCCAGCCAAGCAGGUGCUCUGCUGCCGCCAAACAAGCGGUCUUGCUCCAGGUCGCCAACGAAUCCCGGCAGCACCGAGCUGGCAAACAGAGAGCACCGGCGCGUCAUCACAUACGGCUAUGGAAUACCCAUCUACGAAGCGCGCUCUCGCUCAGCGUUCCUUGGGGCUAUGGUAGACUGCAUACAGGCGCACGAGUCAAUGUUGGUCAAGGCUGAGCAGCUCCAUCGAGACAUCUCACUGAAUAACCUGUUGAUUCGCAAGGAUAAUGCUGACGUGUUGCACGGCGGAUUGCUGAUCGACCUGGACCUGACAAUCAAGAAGCAGCGAGAAGGUCCUUCGGGGGCGGAAGGAAUGACCGGCACGCGAGCUUUUAUGGCUAUCGGUGCGCUUCUGAAAGAACAGCACACUUUCCUGCACGAUCUUGAGUCGUUCUUCUGGGUUCUUUUCUGGAUAUGCAUCCAUUAUAACCAAAACGGCGAGCCGAGGAUCACCGACCGGUUCGAGCGCUGGAACUACAUCGACCCGAAAGACUUGGCAGACCUGAAAAAGGGAGUGGUCAGUGAUCAGCGCGACUUCCUUGAGACUGUUGGGGAGGUCUUCAACGAGCACUAUCGAGUUUUGAUACGGUACGUUGAUGACCUGCGAGAGGUGGUCUUUCCCGAUGGGAGAAGACGGAAAUUCCGCGAGGAAUUGCCCGAGGAACACCUAGAGCUCUACUCCUUGAUGACGAAUAUUUUGCGCAAGGCCCAAGAAGAUACGGCGAUCAAAGACUGA